UUUUAUUUUGUGGUUAACGUUAAAUUUCUUAAUGAUAUCGAAGAGACGUGAAAAAAAGUUCUUUGGCUUAAACUUUAAAGCCUUCAAUUUGGAAGGGUAUGUGGAAGACAACAUAUGAAACGGCGAGAACAGACGUCAACUGUCAAGUUGCCGGCAAUCGAUAUUUGUUCAAGCUUGCACAUAACCUUCGUUAUCGUAACGUUAAAGAAAGUUCAAUAUUCCAUGUAUGAUGUAUUCCUAAUAUUUGCCGUUUGAUGAAUAAAGACCUGGAAGAAAGAGCGAUGUUGAUGAUGAUGAAAGACUGGAGACGAGCCUUGAGAACACCUCCUUCUUACAGGAUAGGAAAGAGCCCGAUUAGAUUCCAGCCGACGUAUGUAAUCGGCGUUUCACUUUUAUCCGUCGUCCUUUUAUUUAUGCUCGUCAAAUCGUACGACUUAGGUAAUGUCCCUGCUCCUUCGUUUAACCACUUGGACAGAGAAUCGGCCCUUUACAAAUAUAAUAUUGCGGGUAACAGGCAUGUAACUUUGAAUUUGACGUACCCUUUGACACCACCUCGACACAUCAAUGACAAGGUCCAUUUUAAAGUCGGUGCCAUUGCUGACAAAGACGAAGCAUCGCGGAGCAAAGAUGAGUCAAACACGUGGGUAAGCACCUACAUCACCGGGACUCUGAUCUGGGACCAGAAGAAAAAUCAUAUUUCCGUCAACUGGGACAAGAAUUCGAUAAAACCCCUCAAAAGCAAGUAUAGCUAUGGAGGGCGAGGGAUGGAGCUAUCGGAGCUUGUUACCUACAAUGGGAAUUUACUUACCUUCGAUGACAGAGGAGGACUGGUUUACGUAUUGAAAGAUGACAAAGUCUACCCUUGGGUCUUGCUGACUGAUGGUGAAGGUAAAAUUGAUAAAGGAUUUAAAUCAGAAUGGGCAACAGUAAAAGAUGGUCAUUUAUAUGUUGGAAGUAUGGGUAAAGAAUGGACUACUCCAACUGGUGAAUUUGUUAAUUAUAAUCCAAUGUGGGUUAAGAAGAUAAGCAAGACUGGUGAAGUUGAGUCUUUGGACUGGAAAAACAAUUAUAAGACCAUUCGGUCAUCCUUGGGAAUUAACUUUCCAGGAUAUCUGCUGCACGAGUCUGCAUGCUGGAGUGACUAUCACAAUAAAUGGUUUUUCCUUCCGAGGAGAAUGUCCCAUUAUGCUUACAACGAAGAUAAGGAUCAGUACCAAGGAACAAAUGUUCUAAUAUCAUGCGAUGAAAAUUUUAACCAAUGUCAUGUUACUCAGGUUGGUGAAGUUGUACCUACACACGGGUUUUCCAGUUUCAAAUUCAUGCCCGGUACACACGAUAACCUUAUUGUAGCCAUAAAAUCAUACGAAGUCAAUGGGAAACUUGAAAGUUAUGUUAUGGCUUUUGAUACACAGGGUAAAAUUUUGUUAGGAGAAACAAAAAUAGACAAUAGUAAAUUCGAAGGCUUUGACUUUAUUUAAGUUAAGUACAUUUCGAGUAUAAAAUUCGUUCGAUUGAAUUCGACCGUUUGACACUUAAAUCAAGUUGUACAUAAAUAUUUCAGUUGUAAACUUAAAAAGUGAUAUGUUCAUAGAGAAAUUAAUUUGUAAAAUGCUGUGAAAAUUUGAUCAGUAUUUUUGUAUAUUCAAAAUUUUUUUAAACU